GAACUUGAUUAUUUAAAAAAUGUACGAAAUAUUGAUACAAGUGAUGGAUGUCAUACAAUACGUUCAACAAAAACUAAACAUAAAGUUUAUUGUUUUUGUUCAACUAAUUUAUGUAAUAAUACAAUAAGAUUAAAUUCAAUAUCAAUAUUUAGUCUUGUUUUUUGUUUAAUUAUUAGUUUUUUUUUUGUUUUUAAAAAUAAAUAG